AUGAGAAAUAAAGAUUUAGCAAGAACACUGCCAGUAGACUUUUACAAUCCAUACAACAAUAAAAAGCAUAAAAACACUACAGAAACACACACAACCUACCCAUAUAUACCAUACAACAGCAACAGACCAACAUCUUUUUACUCGAGAUUAAUGAAACCAAAGCACCCCAUGAUGAAGCAUACCAUUGAUAUUGGUGAUGAUGACGAAGUAGAUUCAUUACUCGACAAACUAACAGCACUCAGUGUCAAUCAGCAGCAGCCGAGUCCCAAGAGUGAUAUGGAUCGUUGUGUAGCAGAUAUACUUGAACUGAAAAAGAGUGCGCUCAAAAUACUUGUUGACCAAAACGACACCACAUUUGACAAACGAUAUGAAGAGACAGAGAUACCAGUACCAAAAGAAAUCGUCAAGCCAUUAACAGAUCAAGAGAAUGCAAUUGUGGACAGACUGUUUAGAAAAGGACAGCAAGGGGAAGUGUCCAAUUUCAAAAAGGCAACUGUCAGCUUUCAAGAUUUAUACCGUCUUUAUCCAGAAACAUGGCUCAACGACGAGGUAGUGAACUUCUACUUUGAGUUACUGUCAGAUCGUGCAGCCAAUUCACAAGAUCUACCCUCCAUUCAUUGCUUCAAUACAUUCUUUUGCUCAACACUGCGAGAUCAAGGAUACGCCAAAGUGAAAAGAUGGACAAAACGAGUGGAUGUGUUUUCAAAAGACAUCUUGUUCGUGCCUAUCAACCAGUCGUACCAUUGGGUGUUGGGUGUGAUGGAUAUGAAGGCAAAGACAGUGGCUGUAUAUGAUUCCUUGGGCGGCAAUCACGACCAUACACUCAAUUUAUUUUUAUCUUAUUUGGAGCAAGAGCAUUUAGACAAGAAAAAGACACCAUUUGAUACAUCGGAUUGGAAGAAGCUGACACCCAAGGAUAUACCAAGACAGGGAAACAUGUCAGACUGUGGUGCAUUUGCUUGUACCUUUGCAGAGAGAUUAUCAAGACGAUCCACAUUUAAUUUCGCUCAGCAAGACAUGGAGACAAUUCGACGUAGAAUGGCAUUGAACAUCUUUAAUAAAACUAUUUAA